AUGGCUUAUGGUAAAGCUGUUGUAAAAAAUGCUGAUAUGGAACCAGUUAUGCAAGAAGAUGCUGUACAAAUAGCUGCAACAGCAAGAGAAAAAUAUGAAGUAGAUAAAGAUAUAGCAACAUAUAUUAAACAACAUUUUGAUCGAAAAUAUGGACGUACAUGGCAUUGUAUAGUUGGUAAACAAUAUGGAAGUGAUGUUUCCCAUGAAGAACGAUCCUUCAUAUACUUUUUUCUUGGAGAUCGUGCAAUUCUAUUGUAUAAAUCAGGUUGAAAUCAGUAUAACAUCAAUAGUUAUGAUAUAAAUACCGAUGUUAGCAAGUGGCAAUGUUCAAAAAGAAUGAAAUCAUCCAUUUGAUACUUUUCUUAAAAAAAAACAUAUAUUUAAUAACUUUUUUAUCUCAAUAAUGUAUCCAUAGUAUAUUUUGUUGUUUCAUUUAUUGUAGACUUUUCUUUUAACCCCUUAAAAACUAAUAAUAUUCUAUGUUGAUA